UCUACGAAGAAUCGAGCGAGAGACAGUUUUAGAUAUAAAAUUAUAUUAAAGAAUAUCCGGCAAAAUAUAUAUUCCAAAAGAAGAAAAUAAUUUCAUAUUCGUCUUAAUUCUCAUUAAAGUUACAUUACAUAGCAGCUCUAAUUAUUAUUAAUACGCAAGCAAGACAGUAAGACCAAAGAUGUCAAAUUAAACAUUUGUUAACUUGGUACGACACAUUUUUUCCUCUACAUUUUUGUUAGUUUGUAACUGAAACAGGAUGAAAAACAAGAUGAGUCCGGAAGAAGCAACACGAAUUCAUAAUAUAGUGAAAGAGCUGCGUUUCCAGUUUGCGUUUAAAUGUCUGGGUGAUAUAAUGAAGAUUAAUCCGAAGGAAAAUAUUGUCUUUAGUCCGCCUUGCAUAUAUGAAGGACUUUUAAUAAUAUAUAUAAUGCUUAAAGGUAAAAUUGAGAAGCGCUUAAAAAAUAUUCUUCUAUUAACGGAGAUCAGCAAAAAAGAUUUGAUGAAUUACGGCGAUCAUAUCAAAUAUUCAAAGAAUGCAUCUCAUGAUUAUCCCGAGCAUUACAGUUACGAUGCUUGCUGUUUUAUUACACCUAAUAUAUGUUUACAAGAUGCAUUAUAUCAUAUUAUGUACACAUCAGCCACAAAAUUAGAUUCGUUCAGAAAUUCUGAGCAUUUAACAAAUUACAUUAAUGAUAAAGUAUUAAAGAAUGCGGUACAUGAUUACAUGAGUGAUCCCUCGAGCUUAGCCGUAAUUAGACCAGAUACCGAAUUUACAUUGAUGACAGUCAUCCGUGGCAGGUUUCAAAAAUUUCGAUAUUUACCGGCUGCUGAAGCUGAUACACGAACUGCAGCAAGUCGCAUUGACGUACGAAGAAUUAGCUACUUCCAUAAGAAUUUGGGAAUACACGUGAACGAACACUAUUAUCAGAGCCGUCAGAUAUCAUUAUUCGUGUUCAGACUUGCUUCAUUAAUCUCUGGCAAAUGUAGGAUCAGCAAGUAUAAGGAUUCCAGAACUAACAUUUGCGUUUUGAUCGAGCAAUUGUUAACCAGCGAGGGAUUCAGCGAAUUGCACAAAGUGCUAGAUAGAAGUAAACCAUUAUCAGAAGAGGUCAGAACACCUUUCACAUUGUUGCCGUCCUUCGAAGUGGAGAAAAAUCUGACAAUCCGUGAGCUGCUGCGAGCAUUAGAUGCUAAACCAUUGUUGGAACCGGACGCGAUCGAUUUGGAUCCUUCCACCGUUGAGGGAGAUCAACUUAGUGUGCGCAUCGGCAAUGUCAUGCACCGUUCUCAAGUCAAGGUCACGCAGAAGGACAUCUUGGUGAGUGCGACAACCUUGAUCCACACCGGACCAGAAUCCUCUCCGAGCAUCGAAAUAGAAAACGAAAAUUGUAAUCAUCCCUUCGUUUGGCUGAUUUACGACAAAGAACGUCGAGAAAUUCUCUUUAUUGGCGCUUUUAAUAAGUUCGCGAGUACACAUUAGAGAUCGGAUACAAAUUUUAUUCAGAGGAUACGCGAAUAGGAUAUACAAUUUGAUAUGAUUUUAUAUAACAGAUCUGUAGUUAAGUAUUGCAAAAUGAUAGGUAAUUGUCGAAGCUUUCUUUACCACUUAUGCGAUUUAAUCUUUUGGUAAUUUAAUUGACAUGUAUUGUAUUUUCUGCGCAAUAUACAACUGUAAAAAACUUCUGUUCAAAAUUUAAGGACUGAUUAAAUAUUUGUUUCGUCAUUUUAAUUUAUUGUA